AUGCUGAUAACUCUUUCUGCCAAAGACGAGCAAAACUUUGGAGAGUUGGUCGGUUUUUUGAAAGAAUUAAAAGCAUUAUCUUUGAAGUCCGUCUCUCCGAUAAUUUGCCAAGAAUUUCUUUCACAGAAGUUUUCCCAUUUCGAAGCCAUUCUACACAAGAAUCUGAUUCCCCUGCUUCGCAUUUCCAGCCUUUCACCAACAGUAUCAGAUGCCCCACCUGCUUUCACAGGGGUGCAAGGGGGAGAAAAGAUAGAUCAAAUAAAGUUUGUGGAACAAGUAAAAACUUGCGAAGGGAUGAAGACAACUACAGAAGAUGCGAAGGUAGUUGGAAAGAUAUACCCUUCGAAGGUGGUGGCAAAGGCAACUGUUGUUUCUGCUGGUCCAGUUACUUCAACUGUGAUCACAACAGUUCCAAUUCCAAAACCUAUCUCAAAAGGAGUAGUAAUUGGCGAGAGGCUCCGAUCCGGAGCAAUCAGAAGUAAGCACGUGGCUCGCAUGCGAGCCUCCAGGUGGCUCGCUUCGCAGGUCGACACGAGAAGGGCAGGUGGCGGUCUCGGAUUGGUUCAGCGCUUCGGUCCACUCGGAAGGCGAUAG